AUGGCAAGCAACCUGACUUUGUACCCAAGACGAUCACCGAUCCGUCAGAAACGUCCCUAUUCUGUUCGACCGUUCUAUUGGGCUUUUCUGACGUUAAUCAUUCUUUCGGUGAUCCGCUGGUCUCUGGGGAACUUGAACAAUCCCCCGGCAGCAUCUUCCCCGCUUCAUGUCAAGCGAGGAGCGGACGUCCUGCAAAGCAAUGAUGAGCCAGAGUGCCGUUUGGUCCGUCAAGCCAAGGAUCAAUGCUCCUUCGUCCGUGCCAAUUGCUCCGACCUUGAGGAUGGAUUACUCUCAUAUAUCCAGCUGUACUAUUGCACAUUUGCGAACGCCAAACCUAUAGCUUUCAUCGUCCUCAUCUUGUGGCUAUCCUUGCUUUUCAGCACCAUAGGUAUUGCUGCAAGCGACUUCUUGUGUAUAGAUUUGAGUACCUUGGCCAGCAUUCUCGGGAUGAGUGAGAGUUUGACCGGUGUCACAUUUCUCGCAUUUGGAAAUGGCAGCCCCGAUGUCUUCUCGACGUUUGCUGCCAUGAGGUCAAACAGCGGUAGCCUGGCCAUAGGGGAGCUGAUCGGUGCUGCGAGCUUCAUUACGUCGGUAGUGGCAGGCUCCAUGGCCCUGGUUCAGCCGUUCAAGGUUGCCCGGCGGAGCUUCGUCCGGGACGUGGGAUACUUUGUCAUUGCUGUCAGCUUCAGUAUGGUUCUUCUAGCUGAUGGAAGGCUUCAUGCCUGGGAAUCGGCAACUAUGGUUGGCCUGUAUUGUUUCUACGUGGUCUUGGUUGUCACUUGGCACUGGUACCUUGUACGGCGCCGUCGGGCCUACGAGAGGAAUUUAGCUGCGCGGGCUCACUUCCACAUCCCAGAAAACCAAGAGUUGGAAAUUGAAGAAGAGGUGGAAGAGGACCCCGGCGUUGCGUCGGAGUCGAGAAGUCUUCUCCGCGGACCGUCGACCGAAGAUUUCGACGCAUUGCAAGGAUCCGAUUUGCCGGCUUGGAAAGAUGGUGACGAGGAUGAUGACGCGCGCAACCGCUAUCUCGCUGAAAUAAGUGAGAAUAUGCAUGUAUUCCGCCCCUCUACGCGCAGGCGCAACACCUUCAAUCCCAUCAGGCCCAGCCUCGUUGGGGCGCUGGAGUUCCAGACCGUACUCUCUUCGCUGCAGAAGUCCCGUAACAUCAAUCGGGGCACACCCAUUGGGCUCGACAGAUAUUUUGAUAAUCCAGAACUUGCGCGCGCGCCUUCACCACUCCAGGACAAUUUAUCAGUCGCAUCCCAUCCCCGAACAAGCAGACCCUCCGGGAACAACCGUCUUCUAUCGCCGAAUAGUGCAGCAGGCUCCUCUCGAGUUCGUGCUGUGUCUGCCAACGAUGCUGCGGGGCUUAAGCUGGAUACCAGCGUCUUCACUUCCGGCACGCCACAGCCUCGUGUGACCGUUAGUCGACCUUCCGGAACCGAAGAGACGUUUCAGCCUCAGAUAUCCCAAACUGACCAGACCUCAGCAACUCUGUCAUUACCAUCCUCUGGCAGACCCUCGCGGGAUUCAAGUAUAGCAGGUGCCGCCCGGUCUGCCAGCCCCGAUUUACUUGCACCACCAGGUACCUUCCACUCACCAAACUACCAGGCGGACUCUCCCCUUACGCGGUCCCCGCUGGACGUCUCCCCACUAGGGACUUCAUAUGCCACGCGCGGAGCUAAAGUUGCUCCGGAAAGUCCCUCCAGCCCGUUUCCUGCUUUUCCAGACGCCAUCGAUUCCAUGCAAUCAAGGGCGCCAAGCAUACGUCUUCCGGCCCCUGCCAGCCCUACAGAGACGUUGCAAGUUCAUGACAACGACUUUGAGGAUGAAGGUCAUCGGUCGUCAUUGCUUUCCCCAUGCUGCAUCGCGAGGUCCGUUAUGCCGGUGCUCUUCCCGACCUUGGUUGACUGGAGGACCAAGAGCCUCCUAGAACGACUGUUGGGGGUCGUUGCAGCGCCAAGUGUGUUACUACUCACAAUUACUCUUCCUGUUGUGGAACCAGCACAACCUGAAGGAGAACCCGCGCGUAAUAUAUUACCCUCUGCGGACGGUGGAGAGUCGGCAGCACCCCGAGUGAGACUGCCGGAAGACAGCCCACUUAUUCGAACUUUAGACCGUGAUCUGGGCGAUCAGGAUGUGGGUUCGCUCGCGGGCAAAGCUCAGUCGCUACAAGAAAGGCGACGAUGGGACUCCGAAUUGCCUGCCCUCGAGCCGCCAACCCAAUCAGCUUCUCAGCCGAAAGAUUGGUGCCAGUGGCUGCUUUGCGUACAGCUCUUCAUGGGGCCCUUUUUUGUCGCCUUGAUCGCAUGGACUACGAUGGAUCCCGAAAUGAAAGCCCGCAAUCUGCUCCUCUCAACCUUGUGCUCCCUUCUUUUCUCAUUUCUAUGUCUUGCUUGCCUUGUGGUGAGUACAAGGAAUGGCCACUCCUCGCGGCCUUCCUCUUUUUGGCGCCCCUUCCUGGCCAUGUUGGGCUUCGUAGUCGCAAUCUUUUGGAUCGCAACCAUAGCCACGGAAGUGGUCAGCCUUCUCAAGACUUUUGGGGUCAUUCUGAAUAUUAGCGACUCCCUCUUAGGGCUUACUGUGUUCGCUGUGGGGAACUCGCUUGGUGAUCUUGUCGCCGAUAUUACCGUUGCCCGCCUAGGAUACCCAGUCAUGGCUUUGAGUGCCUGUUUUGGAGGACCGAUGCUAAAUAUCCUGUUGGGAAUUGGCCUGGGCGGUCUUUACAUGACCGUGAAAGCGAAGCCAGAAACGAAAGCCGUUCGUCAGGGUUCUUACGAGAUUGCUAUCUCUAAGGUCCUGGUCAUUAGUGGCGCUACACUUCUGACUACUUUGCUCCUUUUGCUGAUUGUCGUUCCAUUGAAUAAUUGGAGAAUGGAUCGAAAAAUCGGCUGGGGUCUGAUCAUUUUAUGGGCCUGCAGCACGUUAGGGAACGUAAUCGCUGAGGUCCUUAACUAG